AUUUUUAAUGCUUAAAUUACACAAAAGAGAAGAACUAAAAGAGAUUCUUUAAAGAAAAUCCUAACUAAAUAACGAACUCUCCAGACUUUAGAGGAGUGCUCUAAUGCAAUUAGAUAAUCAUACAACUGAAGAAUUAUAAUCUAACUAAAAAGCUCCAGGAGGAAGUCCUGCUCACAUUCGAAUCAAUCUUUAAUAAUUCGUACUUCCUAAAAUUUAACAUACAACCAACAUUAAAACUAAUAAAUAUAUAGGAGAAUAUAACAAUAUGUUAGGUAUCAUUACAAGUAAACAUUAAAUUCCUUAUCGAAAUCAUACACAUCGAAGUGCUUCCUAUUAUCAUAAUACUGAAUAAUUUAUUGAAAAAUAAAAUUAUGUGAUCAAUCAAUUUAUUCGUCCUAGAAAAUUAGGAACUUUUAGAUGA